AUGAACGAAAUUGGUUUGGACCCUGGUAUCGACCACUUGUAUGCUGUCAAGACAAUUGAAGAGGUACAUGCUCAGGGUGGUAAGAUUAAGCUGUUCUUGUCUUACUGUGGUGGACUUCCUGCUCCAGAGUGUUCGGACAAUCCUUUGGGUUACAAGUUCUCUUGGUCAUCUCGUGGAGUUUUGUUGGCUCUCAGAAACGCUGCCAGUUACUGGCAAGACGGCAAGGUUGUGGAUGUCAAAUCUGAAGACUUGAUGGCUACUGCUAAGCCAUAUUUCAUCUACCCUGGUUUCGCAUUUGUGUGUUACCCAAACCGUGAUUCCACCACCUAUAAGCAAUUGUACAACAUUCCUGAAGCCGAAACCGUCAUCAGAGGUACUUUAAGAUUCCAAGGAUUCCCUGAAUUCAUCAAGGUUUUCGUGGACCUUGGGUUCUUGAAGGACUCACCAAAUGACGCUUUUUCCAAGGCAGUUCCAUGGAAAGAUGCUUUUGCCAAGUUGAUCGGUGCCUCGUCGUCUUCUGAGGAAGCUCUCGUGGCCAAGAUUUCCGAGUUGGCUACUUUCAAGAGCGAAGAUGACAAAACCAGAAUUCUUUCGGGAUUGAAAUGGUUGGGUCUUUUCUCCGACAAGAACAUCACUCCAAAGGGUAAUCCUCUCGACACUUUGUGUGCUACUUUGGAGGAGUUGAUGCAAUACGAACAAGGUGAAAGAGACUUGGUUUGCUUGCAACACAAGUUUGGAAUCGAAUGGGCUGAUGGAACCACCGAGACCAGAACUUCCACUUUGGUCGAUUAUGGUGAUGUCAAUGGAUACUCUUCCAUGGCUAAAUUGGUGGGUGUUCCUUGUGCGGUUGCAACACAGCAGAUUCUCGAUGGAACCUUGAAUAAGGUUGGAUUGUUGGCUCCUAUGUCGUCUGAAAUCAACGACCCAAUCAUGAAGACGUUGAAGGAAAAGUACAACAUCUACUUGGUUGAAAAGACUGUUUAG